GAUAGGGCAUGUAAGGUAGCUGACACACAUUCCUUCAUGUGAAUUCAAAUUCUACUGUUUCAGCUCUGCACCAAGUCCCAUCCUCCGCUGCCCUCUGUUUCAGCAAACACUGAGGCCUGUUGUUUCUCCUCCUCUACCCGCUCUGAUGUGGUCAAGGUCCAGAGAGCUGAAUAGUUGGCAAGCGGACCACCAGCAGCAGACGACAUCUUCACUCGGCUCUCCCUGAAGCUGUACGGCCCCGCUGAAAGGAUGAAGGUCUCCGAGGCUGCCCUGUCUCUCCUCCUCCUCAUCCUUAUCAUUACUUCUGCUUCUUGCAGCCAGCCAAUUCCUGAGUGGGUGAACACCCCAUCCACCUGCUGCCUGAAGUUUUAUGAGAAAGUGUUGCCAAGGAGACUGGUGGUGGGAUACAGAAAGGCCCUCAACUGUAACCUGCCAGCAAUCAUCUUCAUCACCAAAAGGAACCGAGAAGUCUGCACCAACCCCAGUGAUGACUGGGUCCAAGAGUACAUCAAGAAUCCCAACCUACCUUUGCUGCCCUCCAGGAACUUGGCCACGGUUAAAAUUAUUACAGCAAAGAAUGACUAAGCCCAGCUCCCCAACUCCCAGUGAUGACCAGGCUUUAGUGGAAGCCCUUGUUUACGGAAGAGAGAGGUAAACCUACGAAAACAGGAGAAGCCUUAUUAGGCUGAAACUAGCCAGUCACAUUGAGAGAAACAGAACAAUGAUCAAAAUAAAGGAGUAUUUCGAAUAUUUUCUCAA